GGUGAAGACUGGAGGUGGCGUCAAGACCAAGCAGUUCGGGCUCCAAGGUAAUAUAAAGGCGUACGUCGACUUCACCUGGUUUAACUUACCUGGAACACCGAACAGCUGCGCUGUCCAGCACGGCUAGGAAGUCCGCCACUGCCACACCACUUUCUACCAUCAUGGUGGUGUGGUCGGUGUUGUUGCUAGCAGCAGUCAUUUUAACGGAGGCAGCGGUACCAGAACCGCCGACUUCCGGUAUCACCACCGUCGGGUCCUUGAAAUUGGCCACAGCAGCUGAUUGUGCUGGUGUCGUCGCUUUUUCUGCCACCCAGGCUUCUGUAGACCAUGCCAGACUCGUCUUCGCUGAGACACUGGUCGACAAAGGCGUGGGCUACGUUGCCCAAACAGGAAUCUUCAUCACCCAUUGCCCGGGCCUGUAUCAAUUCAGUUUCGCCGGUUAUGGCAGUACCGACCUACGACUCACCCUGAAAAAGAAAUUGAACGACUCCGACAGCUGGAGGCCGGUGAUCAGCGUUGGUCCAGGAGGAGGCGCUAAUCUGGUCCUGCUGGACGUCGAAGCUGGCGAUCACCUUGCCGUUGUCGUCGAGUCCGGAAAAGUGACAGACGGUGUCUCGUUCUCCGGGUAUCGAAUCGCCAAGAAAUAAUCGACUUACCAGACAAUCCAUCCACGAUUCCUUUCUGAGAACACCAGACCACUAUUCGGAGGAUCAUCAACCACAAAACAGAACUUACGCAGAAAAGUUUCGCGAUCAGCCGGGAUCCAACGUCAACGUAAAGUUGUUCCAACGAUCGUAACUUCACCAAGUUUCUAAUUUACGAAGAACGCGUCCGGCUAUUGUCUAAAUUGUUCCAAGGCUGAUUACCGAUCUACCUUCCAAGAUUCUAUAAUCAUCAUCGUUACCUGAAAUCGACCUGAUGCUGAAGAGUGCAAAAUUGAAAAGUCUCAAUGUUCGAUCGGAAUUUGCUACAAUUGUGAAUUCGUUAUAUUUUUUUAUUUUUGCUUUUUUAAGAUUAAUCGCUCGAAACGAUUGUAAUCCAAGUUCGAGUUCUUAAUUCGGAAGAUGUUCGAUCAGAGUGGUUUUUAAUCUUCUCCACGAACUUAACGCUCUGUGAUAGCCGUUUACCUUCGAUCACUUUCUCUCACUGUCUCGUAAUUUCAUUGGUAUCGUUGAUUUUUUUAACUACAAUCGCAUCGGCACGAAUCAAUGAAAGCGCGAGACACGCUAAAACUUCUUCCAUCUCAGCUAAAAAACUUCUUCUCUACUUUACCUUUCGUUUCUUCUUCACAAAUAUUUCGUUUGCCCCUUCGUUAUACCUUCUAUAUUUCUAUCAAGUAAUUUUUACUUCAUCCAAAAAUACUUCCUUCUUCCUUUGUAAAAACUAUACUAUGCCUGUCAUCUAUCUUUCGAUCUCUAUUUCCUUACCUUUUCAAUUUCUUCCCCUUAUUUUCAACUGUUUUGUUUACACUGCUAACUAUACAAUUUUCUCAACUACCUAUCAGUAUUACGAUCUCAAAAUUUACUGAGUUUGCCAUAAAAUAUUCUUCGAGAAAAAUCUAUUUUGCUUUCCACUUUCUUCCGUGACUCUUUCAUGCUUCUCUUUCUUUACAAACCCUUUUUGUGUUCCUCACUUUCUCUUUUAACGCUUUAAUUAUCGUUACGUUACUACAACUACUCAGUCAUUACUUUCUUCAGUGCUUUACUGUCUCGACAACAACCUUUCUCUAAAAUUUCUAUACUGCUUACUAUUUCCUUGCAUUGUCGAGGUAUCUGAAAUUUAUCGUAUUAUUGUGUGCUCUAUUUUAUUUUCAUUUUUAGGUGCUACUUUCCUCCCCUAAUUUAAGCAAUUGUUCUUCUAUUUACUCAAAAAGUAAUCUUUAUUCUAUCCUUACGUUUCCUGUGCUCUACUGUGAUCUUAUUGUCUUUAGAAACUACUUUUGUAAAUUGAUCUCCAACUGAAAUUUUUCUUCUUUUUACAAAGCUCUACUCUUUCUUGUGGUUUCUCCUAUUCUUCUGUAUUUUCACGCUGCUAUUCCUAAUUUCUACUUUUCACUGUCUACUUUUCAUAUUUCUGCACCCUCUUUACACUUUCGUCUAGCCUCUAAUGUACAAAUUAUUUUUCCGUUUCAAAUUACGUUUUAAAUCUAUCCUCCUAUUCUAUUUUCUUCUCGAUUGAGAUCUUUUAUAGAAAUUUCAACGUUAAUUUCAGACCUGCUAUUUCUUUACAUUUAUUUCGACUGUCUAUAUUCAACUUUCAACUCUCUCUUUUUACUUACACCUUGCUUCUAAUGUAAAAAUUCUUUUGUUAUUGUAUAUUUCCUUUCUAUCGUCAUAAGUUUUCACUGAAAAUUUUUAUUAAAAUUCUUUGCUUCUCUGUUAUCUCUAUUUCACUUAAAAUUCUGUACUUUGUUCUAAAAUUCUUUUCUGGCACUAUUUUUCCCUAAUCUACUGUUUCUAGCUUCCAAAAUUUCAAUAUUUUCCACGCUAUCUGUAUACGUGUCUUUCUCUUCCGUGCUUUUAUUUUUCCCUGACUUUCUCUGAUUUUUACGUUAGCCUCGCUCUAAAAUUUUUUUCAUUUUCUAGCUCCCCAUGGCUUUUCUGUUUUUACGUUUCUGCUAUUUUCAAAUCACUUUAUUAUUUCGUUAGACAUUUGUAUAAAUAAAAUU